CCCACAUGACGUGACACGAGUUACAUUGGAUUUGCGCUCAUUUUCUUGUGUUCUUGUCAUCAGGACCAUGAACAGCAAACUUCCACAUCACAGAUUCACACCCACUACCAUCACACAGAUGAGUUAUGGAUAUAUAAUUGUUUGACAGAAGUUUGGGAAAGGAUUCUAACAAAAGGAGACAUUCCACACAGAAAUUCAGGAUCAUGUGGUCUGUUGCAUGAAGACUUUCUCUAUAUAUUUGGAGGAUUUCACGGGAUGGAUAAUGCGGGAUCGGUGAAUGGCAACAGUAACUACCUUUUUAGACUAGACCUCACGACCAUGACAUGGGAGUGGCUGCACCCGACCGGUAACCAGCCGGCUCCUUGCGACAAACUUGCUGGAUGGGUGUAUGACGAUAAGUUGUACUUUUUUGGUGGUUUCGGCCCACAACCAGAAUUUGGUGUCCCAUUUCAGCAUGUAAUUGAUCCUAGUACGGAGCCAUCGGGUUGGCCCCGAGGCUGGAACAAUCAGCUAGUAGUGUACAACCCUGUCAAUAACAGCUGGGAAUGGCCGAAAGUGCAAGGACCCACCCCUUCGCCUCGUGCAGCCCACGCAGCUGACAUCUCGGGGCACAAGGUUUAUGUGUUUGGUGGUCGCAUUGGCAACACACGGAACAACGAUCUGCACUGUCUCGACAUGGACAGUAUGAUGUGGAGUGGCAAUUUGACGCAUCCGUUCGAGCUGAAUCCCGAAGGCAGGUCGUGGCACAGUCUUACAUUUAUAACAGACACGCGAGCCAUUGUGUAUGGAGGUCUCAAUCAGUACAAUAUUGUUCUUAAUGACUGCUGGUUGCUCACUUUGCACAGUGAGGGCAUGGACCACGAAUGGCAGGAAUUUGAGUUGUCGUACGACCACGGUGAGCCACGCUGCAGCCACACUGCAUGUUUGUUCCCAGCAACGGGCGAACUUCUCAUUCACUCGGGUUCCACCCAACCGUUUUAUGAGACGAGGCUGAAACUCAAAGAUCAUGCGGAGGAACUCCUAGUCAUCCACUUCACUCCAAAAUCGCUACUGAGGCUGUGUCUCGAUGUUGUCGUGACAUACGAAAAGAAGCUUAGAUCAGAAUGGUGGUCGGUUCCCGCGAACCUGCAGAAGGUGCUCCGUGACCGGCUGCAACAGUUCUGACUACCUGACUGUAUGUAGUCCAUUCAUCUUUGUAACGGACUUGCCCCACAGCAUGCGGAUGGGCACUAAACACUCCGUUAUAUAAAUGCUGCUGUCAUUUGAACGUGUGGUGCCAAUGAAAGAUCGCAUAAAUGUGUCGACGUUACCCUACUCUUAAAACUUUGUUUUAUAUUCUAAAGUUAAUUUUUUGUGCGUACAUGAUACUGUAAUAUUUUAUUUCUGAAAUUAUUUCCUAUUGACGUUUGUUUUUCAAAGCACUGUGUAUAGUUAAGAUGUGGCGCAUUGUGAUGUAAAUAAAGUUACAAAUAUAUAAUUACUA